GAGAUUUCGUGCGUAUUGACAGGUUAUGUGUGUCAGUGGCCCUCGUCGGAACUGUCGUGACAUUCGCGAAGGUUUCCACUUGUUUAUGUAUGUGUCUCCGUACUGCGCUCGGUUUUAUUGUGUCGCGAAGUCUCUGACAUAUAAAGGUUGCGUAUAAAUAAAAACAUAAGGUUAAAUUGUCAGAAAAUGUUUUUAUGAUUCAAGUUGAUCUUCUAGCUACGAACGCUGCUACACACAUAGCCUGAAAUCUACGAGUCCGAGCCGUCGCGCCGUAGUUUUUGUUCUUGUUCAUAGAAAUUCCGACUUAACGUCUAAGACGAUAGAGUCUAAAAACGAAUGAAAUGAAUUUCCCUUAAAGUGACAGGCGAAUUAAACGGUUGCAAAUAAACUUUUGAAUGUUUUGUGAUUCAUGUGUAGGAUAUAUGAAUCACUUAUUAGCUUAGAAACUAUUUUUUAGGGUAGUACAAAGUGCGGUAAAAUAAAUAUAUAUGUCUGUGAAUACAAUAUUGACCAAUUUAAGUAAAACACAGUGAAACAGACCUAAAUGGAAUUAGAAAUUAAUGUCAAUUUCAUGUUAAAAUUCGCGGAUGUUUUUAUGUCACUAUUAGAUACUACAUUGAUUUUCACAGUUAGACCAAAUUUCCAAACAGAAAUAAAGUGACAUAAAAAAGUACAAAAACUUAUAAAACGGGUAUUUACUUUACGGUAAUUUUUAAACACCAUUUGACACUUAUUAAAAAUUCCCCACACCAUUUGCAUACCUAUUUACUUUAAGUGUCACACUCGUCUGCAAAAGUGUUUAAAUUAAUUAAAUACAUUAAUUGUACAACAAAGAUAAGUGAUGCUAAUUCCAUACAAGAAGAGCGUAGGGUUAUCGAUAUCAAAUGAUAAAGUUCUACAUAGUCUUCUUAUUUAUACCAUGACACUAACAAACACGUUUAUAACAAGAAAACUGAACAAUAGCAGCUCACAAAGGACGCUAAUAAAAUACACAAAGGAUUUAUAAAACGAAAACCUUGUCAGCCUUUUCCUGGUCCCAACAAAGAGGUAGCCCGGGAAGCUCCAUGGAAAAAUUCUUAAUACCCCUGAAAUUAGCUACAUUAACACUUAUUUUGUACCUAAGUACUUUGACCUUUUUCCAACUUGUUAAUAAGUUGUAACAUAUUUAAUGUGCGAUUAGCACGAGUUAACUAAUCUAGCAUUGUGGCUUACGUUGACAGUGCGAGCACCGGACUCAGUAUAAACAGGCUAGGCGAGUCACGGCGCGGGCGCAACGUGAGCACACCAAUUAAACCAUCACGUACAAGAUAAUACUUAAAAGUAAAACUUGACAAACACUCGACAAAUAUUAAGAACAUUCCUAGAACGACAGUACUCGCUAUAUCAAUUUAAACAAAUAUUGGCCAUCCCAGUUGACUUGCGGACGAUUUUUAAUUUUUACCAACCAAAGUAAAUAGUCGGUUGGUUGUUUGCCAAUUUUAGUCAUCGGUAAUCACUCAUCGUUCAUUAUCCGUAAUAGUAUAUUUUGUGGUCCUUGGGUGCGGUCGUCCGCAGCCCGGUAAAAGUUAGUUUUACGGUAAAACAGGUAUGAGCUGCGGAGUGGCCGUGUUGUAAAUUUGGACGUCUGUGUGUACCGCGCUUAAGCAUGGCUUCCGAAAAAGAGAAGAUGGCGGCUGCUGAGGCCAAGUCUCCCUCUAACAAGAGCAACUGCACCUCCCCGGGAAAGAAAGGUGAAACCGACGAACAUGGCCUGCCAACGGAAAAGGAUAAAGGAUGCGACACCAACCUAUACCUGUACCACGAAGAGUUGGAGGACCGGCCCCGAGCGGCGACAUUCCUCAGCUCGCUGGCAAACUACUCGAACACGAUCCCGACGGCCGCAGCCGGCGACCCCGACGCCAAGCCCGCGCCGCCUGCGCGCAUGGGUACGCUCAUCGGCGUCUACCUGCCCUGCAUCCAGAACAUCUUCGGAGUCAUCCUCUUCAUCCGUCUCACCUGGGUGGUGGGCACUGCCGGCGCUAUACAAGGAUUCCUGAUUGUGCUUGUUUGCUGUUGUACGACUAUGUUGACUGCUAUAUCGAUGUCUGCGAUUGCGACGAACGGGGUGGUGCCUGCAGGCGGGUCGUACUUCAUGAUAGGUCGAGCUCUCGGCCCCGAGUGCGGCGGUGCUGUCGGCAUGCUGUUCUAUACGGGCACCACGCUCGCAGCAGCCAUGUAUAUCGUCGGUGCGGUUGAAAUCGUACUGACAUACAUGGCUCCGUGGAUGUCGAUCUUCGGGGACUUCACGAAGGACCCGGAGGCGAUGUACAACAACUUCCGCGUGUACGGCACCGGGCUGCUGCUCAUCAUGGGCAUGGUCGUGUUCGUCGGCGUCAAGUUCGUCAACAAGUUCGCGACCGUCGCCCUCGCCUGCGUCAUCCUGUCCAUCACCGCUGUGUAUGUUGGCAUCUUCGUCAACUUCAACGGAAAUGAUAAGUUGCAGAUGUGCGUACUCGGUAAACGUUUGCUCAAGGACAUUAACAUUAACAACUGCACGAAGGAGAUCGGUGCACCCCUGCAUCAGCUGUUCUGCCCCAACAAUACCUGCGACCCGUACUACCUCGCUCACAACGUGUCUAUCGUGCAAGGAAUCAAGGGAUUAAAAAGUGGAGUUUUCUUCGACAACCUUCAAGAUUCCUUCCUGCAACUCGGCCAGUACAUCGCAUACGGAAAGGAACCCGAUGACAUUGAACAGAUGGAGAGACCCACCUACAACCAAGUUUACGCAGAUUUGACCACGACUUUCACCAUUCUCAUCGGAAUAUUCUUCCCAUCCGUCACUGGUAUCAUGGCUGGCUCCAACCGGUCUGGAGACCUUGCUGACGCACAGAAAAGCAUCCCUAUCGGAACCAUUUGCGCGAUCUUAACAACAUCCACCGUAUACCUGUCCUGUGUACUCCUCUUCGCUGGAACUGUCGAUAACUUACUGCUUAGAGACAAGUUCGGUCAAUCCAUCGGCGGUAAGCUAGUAGUGGCAAACAUGGCGUGGCCAAAUCAGUGGGUUAUCUUGAUCGGCUCGUUCCUCUCAACUUUGGGAGCUGGUCUGCAGUCCCUAACCGGAGCUCCACGUCUGCUACAAGCUAUCGCUAAAGAUGAAAUUAUACCGUUCCUGGCGCCUUUCGCCGUCUCAUCCAGUCGGGGUGAACCAACCAGGGCCCUGCUUCUGACGAUGGUGAUCUGCCAGUGCGGUAUCUUGCUGGGCAAUGUUGACAUCCUUGCUCCUCUACUGUCCAUGUUCUUCCUCAUGUGCUACGGCUUCGUUAACCUCGCCUGCGCGCUCCAGACACUUCUUAAGACUCCCAACUGGCGUCCAAGAUUUAAGUACUACCACUGGUCUUUAUCUCUCGCCGGACUAACGCUCUGCAUUUCUAUCAUGUUCAUGACAUCUUGGUUCUACGCCCUCAUUGCAAUGGGCAUGGCUGGACUCAUCUACAAAUACAUUGAAUAUCGUGGAGCUGAGAAGGAAUGGGGUGAUGGUCUCCGUGGUCUCGCGUUGUCAGCUGCUCGGUAUUCUCUACUUCGACUUGAGCAAGGGCCCCCACACACCAAGAACUGGCGGCCCCAAGUACUGGUCCUGGCUAAACUGAACAAUGAACUCAUGCCCACAUAUCGGAAAAUGCUCGCUUUUGCUAGCCAACUUAAAGCUGGUAAGGGUCUGACGGUGUGUGUAUCAGUACUGGGCGGUGACUUCCCCAGGCGUGCUGGUGAUGCCUCGUCCGCGAAACAGAACUUGCGCAAGUGCAUGGAUGAGGAAAAGCUUAAAGGUUUCGUGGAUGUGCUGGUCUCACCCGAUAUUGCAGAGGGACUUAGUCAUUUAGUCCAAACGACGGGUCUGGGUGGUCUGAAGCCGAACACGGUGAUCGUGGGUUGGCCUUACGGCUGGCGCCAGGCCGAGCGCUCCGCCCCGCGCUGGCAACACUUCCUGCACACCGUGCGCGCGGUCGCCGCCGCACGCAUGGCUAUGCUCGUACCUAAAGGCAUCAACUUCUUCCCCGAUUCUACUGAAAAGGUAUCUGGCAACAUUGACAUCUGGUGGAUCGUACACGAUGGCGGCAUGUUGAUGUUGCUUCCGUUUCUGCUGAAACAACACCGAACCUGGAAGAACUGCAAGAUGCGCAUCUUCACUGUCGCGCAGAUGGAAGACAACUCGAUCCAAAUGAAGAAGGACCUCAAGAUGUUCCUCUAUCAACUGCGACUUGAAGCUGAGGUUGAAGUUGUUGAAAUGACCGACAGUGACAUAUCUGCCUACACAUACGAACGGACCCUGAUGAUGGAGCAACGGAACCAGAUGCUGCGCGAACUUCGACUGAACAAGAAAGAAACCAUGGGCAUGGUUCAGGCGAUUGUCGACCAUCACCACGCUGACGUGAAGACUGCUAGCAAGGUGCGCUUUGCGGAGCCGGGCGAUGAGGUUCCCUCUGACGCCCCCUCCCCUCCCCUCGCCGACCCUGAAGAUAAAGACAAAGAUGACAAGUGUGAGGAUGCCAGCCCGCCGGCCGACGACAACAAGCACAAGGAAGCCGGCGCCAACGGGGACGCCGUCAAGCCCAAGCCCAACCUCUCCGAUAUCACACCGGAUGAGGGCACUGUGCGACGCAUGCACACUGCCGUGAAAUUGAACGAAGUGAUCGUAUCGCGGUCACACGACGCCCAGCUGGUCAUCCUGAACCUGCCCGGCCCGCCGCGCGAUACCAACAUCGACCGGGAGUCCAACUACAUGGAGUUCCUGGAGGUGCUGACGGAAGGGCUGGAGAAGGUGCUGAUGGUGCGCGGCGGCGGGCGCGAGGUGAUCACCAUCUACUCGUGAAGUGUUGGGCCGAGUGCUUCUCUAACUGUUAGUGCAGGAGUGCGGCGCGCUCGGGCGCCGCCUGCCUCGCGCGUCUCCAAGACUGCCGACACGACCGUCGCGUUUCGGUUCGUUUAUAAAUAUUAUAUGUAUUUUCUUACGAUGAUUGUAUUCGGCGUUCGUUUUACUUGUAAAUGUUAGCUUAAUUCUACGAUACGUUCUGUUGAAUUUGCUGUUUAGAAUGAUGUUGUUUUGAAAUUUAUUCACUGUUGUAUAGAUAUUUAUGGAUAUAAUAUAUGUAUCUAACGAGGAGCCUUAUCUGUCGGACAUUAGCUCUAAGUUCGUUGUUUUGUUAUUACAUAGACUAGCUAAGAGUUACGUUAAGCACCGAGUGGUCUCUUGUUUACCGACAUGCCAUAUAGUGUUUACUUUACUGUGUAAUACGUUAGCACUUAGAUCUUAAUUUGUAUCAUUUUAUACAUCAUUUUAUUUUAUAUAAUUGUUAAACGACGUAGAUAUACUUUAUAAGAGUAUACAUUUAUCAAAGAAAAACCAUAAAGAUUUUUAACUUUAUAAAUAUUUUGUAAAUAUUAUUCUGUUCUAAGAUUUUUUACAUCUGCUCAACUUAAAACUUACCGUGGGACUGACGCAGAUAACUCUUGACGAUUUGACUUCAGCUGACCUGAUAUACUUCGAGAACGUUUCAUUUGGUAAAUCAAGUCUAGUCACUUUUUGAUAUUAGUUAUAUAAUUCCGUACUCGUUAAACCAACACUUCAAGCAAGUUAUUAACUUGCCCCGACACCCUCGAGUUUUUAUGGUGAGUAGAUUAAACAUCAACUAGAACGCGAAGGGAGGGAUGCAUAGGUAACCAUUAACUCGUAUUUUAGUAUUAGCGUGAAGAUUAAUAGGUAAACGCGAUCCCCCUCGCAAUUAACAUAGUGACUAACUUGGAAACUUAUUGCGCACAUUCGCGUAGGUAGAUGAUUUCUUACUGUGAUCGUUUAUAUGAAGUUUUAUUGUUUUAGUUUUACAUAAGUGGUAGCGGUAAUAUAUCCAUACUGUUCAGUAGUCAUCGUUCUGAAUGUACUAACACGAGUUUCUUUUGUUUUCCUCUUUGCACGCUAUUAGUUCCAGCGACGAUUUAGCUGCCUUAAGACAUGCGUAACGCAUUCAACAUGAAAUGUGGAGACACUAUGAGUGAACAAAAACAACUUAUGACCGCGCUAAGCUCUAAAGCUAAAACCUUUUCGUUGAACGAAAUUACUUAGUAGAAAACGCUAACUAGACAAUUAUACAGCGUAAAUAAACUCAUUAAAAUUAUGAAUUUAAAUAAUUCUUUAAAUGAAAUUGCUUACGUAGGUAUUGAAUUCGAUUUCGAUAAUGUAAUGAACUAGUUUUUUCGUAUGACGAGCUCCUGUAGUCAGCAAAGUUAGACAACGAUGCACCCGGCGUGUUUGUACGUAUGAUGAGAACUUGUCAAUUUUGAUUUACUGUUACACCACAUUAGUUAAGGUAUUUCUUAUUCGUAUAAAGAGUGUUAGCUAACUGCCAAAUAGAAAUCGGUGUUGUAUAAUAUCCUAGUCCGUAAGUGAUCUACCAUCUAUCUACAAAAUAACUUCGUUUUUGAAUCGUUAUAAAACAUUAGGGUAUCGGAAGGACAUUUACAGUUACUACACAUUUAGCUAACAUCACCAAGUAGACGUAUACUUAGAUAACUGUGUUUCUUUCUUGACGCAAUAUUCUGAUCGAAUUCGAAUAUAAUCUGUGAAUAACCUAUAUUGUAUUUUAUGUUUCCGUAUUUCCAAAAACAUGUACCUAAUCUUUUUUUACCAUCUAUCUAUAUAAUGUCCUAAGAUUUUACGAUAACAUCGACUCGAAAUUUAUAAGCGAGUUGAUAUAUUUAAGAUUUCCUCAAAUAAAAAUAGUUUAACAUUUUUCAUAACUCGUACUCACAAAUACAAGUAACGUCAUUUAAUGUUCGCGUACUCUGCGUUACGAACAAAGUAGAAAGUAAUUCGAAGGCAUUUAAGUAUUCCUUUUUGUCAUGGUUGUAGAUGCCAUAAUAAUAAAUUAAGUAAGUAGAUGUUAGUUAUUCUAUGAAUCGACUGUUGGAUUACCGUCUAUGAUGAUGACACAGUGCAGAAACUGGUCACGAGCACUACUGGUCGCCUAGCAACCACACAACAGGCCAGCGGCCACGUCUCGACCGCAUUCAAUAAAGCGACGUAUAAAUUCCACUUAAUAAGAUUAAGUAUAAAUUAUUCUAAAUUAUAUUAAUCUAUUAUUCAACAUGUUACAACUAUUUCGUGUAUACAUCGCUCGUUUUAAGUUCGUCAAUGUUCUCUAUCACUUAGUGAUAAUAGGACAAGUAAAUUUAAUGAAAUAGUGAUCACAUAUCUUCCUUUUCACAUAGAAAAAAUAUAUCUAAAGCUAUUUAUGCCUAUCAAUAGGUAAUAGACGACAAUUUAUUUAAAAAUAAAUUUAUUGAAUUAUAUAAAUUAUUCAAAUUACUAACAUAAUACCUCUUAGGUAUCUAUUUAUUACGUCUAAGUCGAAAUUGAGAAUUUGAAAUUGGUAUUACCAUUAUAUCUAUCUAGUUUGUGUUCUUUAUAUAAAUAAGAUAAUUCACAUUUAAUGUAAUAUUUCAAAGAAAAGAGUUGAUUGAGUACGGCCUUUUAAAUGGCCAAAAUAAAUAGUAUGACGCGUCGUGGAUGUGUUAUGUAAUUACCAAAGAACGAACCAAUUAUGAAAGAGUACCUGUUCAAGAGAUUUGUCGUAGCAUCGACUACCGCUGCAGCCGGCCCCGCAACUGCAUCCUACUUACCAACAACACUGUAGAUAAUUCAAUAUUAUUAAGUAGGACACUAGGUGAAUUUCGAUGCCCACUAAAAUCGUUCAUACAUGUGCCAAACAUCAUAAUUUCAGUGUAUUAAUCACGCGAAGGCAAUACUUAGCGUAGGUCAUCCUACUUAACUAGAUUAACAAAAUCACAUCUCAGUGAACUAUCAGUAAUGUGUGUAAUACUUAUAAACUAGCUUUCGGAGAUACAUUGUGUGUUAGAAGUCACGUUAACUAACAUAGUUGUAAUUCAACAAAAUGCACAUUCAUAGUAACCUACUUCAGAUAGUUUUAAAAUCGUGUUCGUAAUUCCAGUCGUUACAUUUUAGCUUUAUUAAAGUCAUUAUAAAUUAUGAAUGGUACAGUCGCCAACGUAAGUCACACAUGUUCAUGAUUACGCUGUUGUCGCGCACUAGGAGCCGCUUGGCGACUGUACUGCGACGAGUAUCAAGUAAUUAUUAAUGUAAAACUAUUAAAAUUACUUACUUUAGAUAUUAGGCUGUGAGUCAGCGUAAACACAUUCUUUACAAUUUAAUAUUCAAGCUAGAGUUGCUGUGAUACACCAUUAUGGCUAUAAAAUUAUAGUGUAGUCAUUUCUGGCUAUAAAAACAAUUGGAUAUAACGUGGAUGUACCUCCGUUAACAACGGCAUUUUCUAUCUGUGAUUUCACUGAUGUGUAGAUGCACCCCUAUCCGCGUAAACUAAAUUCUGAAACCUCAUCAACCAUCCUUGGGUAUAACUCGUAUUUUUUGACUAUUAAUGAAAUCGUAACUAACAAGGCUGUCUGUACUUUGAACAUAUUUUGGAAAUUGUAUUUUAUAAAGCCUAUGUGUAACAGCCAGAAAUGUAACUAGAUUGUCUAAUAGAACAAACCUACUUGGAAACUUUCUUGGUCUUGGAUCUAAAGCAGUUACAAAGACAGCCCGUUGUGCCAUGCUAGCAACAUCUCAAGAUAUAGAGCAAUAACGAAUGGUAUAUAGAUAGUGAUCGCUGGGCGGUAUGCUAUUUAAAUUAUAAAUAUUAUGUAUUUUGAUCUGGAACGAGUUUUUCAUAGAAAAAAAUAUUUCGAAGUGUAAAAGUUGUUUAAGAAAUUAUUAAAAUAUUCAAAUAAUAAUUCUAGAGAGUUAGUCAGUGAGUAAUUAUAAGAAAAAGAUGUUAUGAGUAUAAUAAAAUAAACUAAUAAAAUAAAAA